AGGUGGUGAAUAAUGGAGAAGAAAGUGAACAGAAUCUGUCCUGUUGCAGACUCAAGCGCAACAUAUUUUCUGCAGAUAAUUUGGGAAAAAGAUCUAGGAGUUGGCUUUGAUGUCAUUCUCACUGAUGGUCAGCUGGCUUGGGCUGGGAGAGUGUCUGAAGAUGAAAUAUCUAAGGAGGCAGCUGACAUGGAAAUGGAACGAGAGAAGUACAUUGAAGAACUACAAAAAGUGCUGUUGUUCAGAGAAGGACAGACAGACAGAUACAGUUUUGAUAUUUCGAAAGGAGAAGCAAAUGGAGAUUGCCUUACUCUUUCCUAUGAAAAGAAUCUGAAAGAUGUUUAUGUAAGUGUUGCUCUGUUUUCACAUAUUUCCAACAGAAUUAAUGCAUAGAACAAUAAAUCUUCAAUAAUAGAACUUUUUCUUAAACUUUGCCUUUGAGGAGUUUUGGAAUGGAAAAUGUCAUCAUUGAUCAACUUGAGGAGGAAAAAGAGGUGAAAGAAAAAAAAACUGUUUCCCUACAAGAACAUUAAAAAAUCCUGGCAACAUAAA